AGUCGCCAUCUUGAUGGAAGAAUAACAGUAGUGCUUGAGCUUCUGUUUACGUUCCAAAUCGUGAAAUUUUGGUUUGUUAUGGAAAUAAUCUCCACAGUUCCCGACGAAAUCUACUUAUUAUUGCCUAUAAUUACUUAAUUUCAUUGAGGUCGUGCAGGAACUGUUUACGGUAUUGUGAGUCGAAACCGGAAUAAUGUUUUAUGCUCACUUCGUUUUGGCCAAAAAGGGCCCUUUGGCCCGAAUAUGGCUCGCUGCUCACUGGGACAAGAAAUUAACAAAAGCUCACGUCUUUGAAACAAACAUUGAAAAGUCCGUUGAUGGCAUUCUACAGCCGAAAGUGAAAAUGGCUCUAAGAACUUCAGGCCACUUGUUGCUUGGCGUGGUCAGAAUUUACUCUCGGAAAGCGAAGUAUCUUUUGGCCGAUUGCAAUGAGGCUUUUGUCAAGAUUAAAAUGGCAUUCCGACCAGGAAUGGUCGAUUUGCCUGAAGAGCACAGAGAAGCAGCUGUGAAUGCGAUCACGCUGCCAGAAGUCUUUCACGACUUUGAUACAACAAUGCCCGAAUUAAAUGAUGUAGAUAUAGAGGCUCAGUUUAGUUUAAACCAGUCUCGUGCUGAAGAAAUUACAAUGAGAGAGGAUUACGGAAAUAUUUCUUUAGUGACAAACGAUGAUGGGUUUGGAGACAUGGGAUUUGAUACAGAUGCACCUGAUUUAAUGAGACAUGCUUCAGGUUUAGAACCAUCUAUGGAACAAAGCAAUCUUCUGUUCAGUGAUGGAGCUGUGUUGGAUGGAGUUGGUUUAGACAAAGAACGGGAGCCUGUCCCAUCUACAUCAGGCACUCAACACGCUACACCCAUGGAAAUUGAUUCAGCCGUCAGGGAUGAUGGAUUUGGUACAAAUUUAGAUCAAAAUAUUAUCUCUGGUGGUUUAUUUGAAGGUGGUUUGUUUGAUGAUGCACCAAUGGGGGAUGUUCAUCCAGUCGAUCAUACAAUACAAGAGUCACAAAAUUUGCCGCCACCACCUGACAGUGAUGAUGAUGAUAUGGAUCACUUUGGAGGACCACCGUCUGUUGGUGGACCAAGUUCGGAUGACUCAAGACCAGCUUCUGCAAUAGGAGGACCACCUACUAUGCCGUCGCCAGCUCAGACUGCACCAUUACAACAUCAGGAACAGCUUGUAGAACCACCUGAAGAAGCAGUUAGUACACCUUUGGAACAAACGACUUUGGUACAAAAUGAGGAAGAAAGUUUUGCAUUGGCACCUGUGGAUGCAUCUGCGCUCAAAGGUUUUACGAAAACAAAACGCAAAAGAAAAUUAAUAGUUGAUGAAGUCAAGAACAUAUCUGGCGAAGAAAUGAAGAAUCAGCUUUCUGACACUAGUGAUAUUGUAACUACCCUAGAUCUAGCUCCUCCUACUAAACGUCUCAUGCAUUGGAAAGAAACUGGGGGUGUUGAAAAAUUGUUUGCUCUCCCUGCCAGGCCUAUUCCAGCUAGGACAUUAUUCAAGAAUUACCAACGUCAUCUAACACUGCGAGCAAUCGGCACAGAAGAUUUCGCGAUGUUGGGUGAUCCUGACGCGUUAGCUUUGGAUCAAGUGAGAGACGUUGAAGAAUCUUUGGUAGAAAUUCCAACCCCAGCGAAACGGGGCCGAAAACGUAAAAUCCAAGAAGAUCCUAGUCGAACGCCGAUGCAUUCAUUAGAAGAACCACCCUCGAGUCUGCCGAUUCCACAGGAAGAAAGUUUAGGUUCUUUGAUGUCCCAACAAUUGCCUCCUCCCGCCCCUUCGCCGUUACCCCAGCAACAAGUGCCGCCUCCGCAAAUGAUGAUGAGCCACGAAGAACCGCCACAGCAUGUCAGCAUGCCUCCUCCCGCCACUCCUGCCAGUGUUAUGUACCCUCCUCAAACACCAGGUUCUGUUCAGUUAGGUUACCCAACGACUCCGGCACCAGCGUUAGGUUUUCCGAGUACGCCUGCGCCGCCGACGCCGCUACACCACAUGGAAGAAAUGCCUCAUUUGCCUCCGGAUCAGGUUCAUUCUAUCUUGCAAGAGCAAGAGUCUAUGGGUGGGUUAGUACCGCCAAUGACGCCGGCAUCAGAAGACAUUUUAACGCAUGCUAUUGGAGCACCCACGCCUCAUCAUGGACAGUUGGAUACGAAUUUACCGCUGGAGCAACUGGAUAGUUUACAGCAUCAUUUACCUGCUAUGGAGAAUAUGGGAUACGAUCAAAAUAAUCAAAUGCAGAUGGCUAAUAUGGGUUACGAUGAACAUUUGCCAGCACAAACUCCAGCAGGAGGGAUGUCUGAAAGAGUCCAUUCACCUUGGCAGGGUGAUUAUGAUUUCCCUCCUUCUGCUGGUCCAGCAGAGGAACAACAGCAAGAUGAGACUGAUGAGCAGUUUGAGGAACGAGUAUUAAACAAGAGGGCUUAUCAGAUGUUCACAGUAGUUAGAUCAAAACUUGCAACCACCAAUCAAAUUACCUUGACAGAAAUGUGUUACAAGAAUAAUAAAAAACAAGCUGCACAGAAGUUCUACAGUUUGUUGGUUCUGAAGAAAUUCCAAGUGCUGGAACUGGAGCAAGCAGAUUCAUAUGACGAAAUAUUUGUUUUAAGAGGACCUAAGUUUGACAACCCGGUCUUGUAAAUACUGUUUUGACACAAUAUCAAAAGAAUUUAUUUCGUGUUUCUUUAUAUUUUUUGUGUGGCAACACAAUGAGGGAACAAAUUUGAAAGCUUUUUACACCAAAGUAUUUCUUUAUUGAAUUUACGAUUUCUACAAACGCGUUUUAUUUUUACAAGUGUACAAUUUGUUUGUUUUAUGUUUCACUGAAAGUUUCCAUAAAAGAAACAAAUUCUAGUCUUUUAUGUUAAUCUUACUUGUUUAAAAUGUGACCAGAUUUUUUUUGUUCAGUGAAUUUUAGAAUUAUGUAGACUGUGAUAUUAAAUCUACAUUUAAAUAUUAUGCGUGUUUAAGAUCAGUUAAUAUGUACAUUGUCCAUCUAUGUUUGACGAUAGUUUAUUAAUGUAUGGUUAAUUUGAGGACAUGAUAGAAUAAUUGUAUUUUUUAUGGAAAUAUGUACAUAAUGUAAUUUUAUUAUGUCCUCCAAAUGUUUAUAUUUUUAACAAGUAAGAUACUUGCAUCCCCUAACUCAUGAAUUGUUUAAGGUGAAAAUCAGUUUGUAUACAAAAAUGUUAUUUAUUUACUAUAUAGAAUAUAAAUUUUCACGAAGUAAUACAAUUGAAUUUGUAUUGCUUACUUUUAGUUAUUUCUCUCUCUUUUUGUAAAUUGAUAGCUUUUAGGUUUAGAAAUUCUGUAUAAGGUCAAAUUUAUUAAAUAAAGUAAUGUUUAAUAUUGUUAUUA